AGGCAGGCAGCGGCCAAGAUUACGUAACCUCAGAAAAUCAGCUGCUUUACUACCCUAGUAUUACCUAUGCUAUCAUUGGUAGCUCUGUCAUUUUUGUACUGGUGGUGGCCUUUCUUGCCUUAGUCCUACAUCACCAAAGGAAACGCAACAAUCUCAUGACCCUGCCAGUGCAUCGACUGCAGCACCCUGUCCUGCUGUCCCGGCUGGUGGUCCUCGAUCACCCACACCACUGCAGUGUCACCUACAAUGUCAACAACGGGAUUCAGUACAUGUCCAACCAGGCCUACCACCGGCCAGUGGACCUGGACUCUCCGCCAUCCUAUUCAGAGGCUGUGCUCGACCAAAGCAGACCACCUUGGUUUGACCUUCCUCCACCACCUUAUUGUUCUGAGUCCGAAUUCCCUAAUCAGCCAGAUCUUCCUCCUUACCGAUCUCGCACUGGAAGCUUGGUGAGCGCAGACACCCCCACAGCAGGAAGCACUCUGGGCACAGCCAACAGUUGGACAAGAGACAUCCACGACAGCAUGGAUGGCCACAGAACUCUGCUCGAGAGGACAGCAGAUCAAAGCGAUUCUCUGGUCAACCACAUUGCUGAAAGGGAAGUGUAA